AUGAAUAAUACAGCUGCGACUGUGAGGAUAUCCGGGCCUCCAAACAGUAGCUUUCUGGUCGGCUACCCGGGCAUCUCGGCGACACUGCCCAGGAUAGUAGGCAAAGUCGAAAUUCGGCCGGGUGCAGGCUAUACAGCGCCAGUGCAAAUAUCCAUGGUUCGCAUAUGCUUACAGCGACGAGAAACGAUACAUCCAGCGGCGGAAAACAUGGCGCGGAGGCAUCUGGGCACCCCGAGACGAGAGACGGUCGAUUUAGUAGGGAAGGAAGUGCUGCUGUUCCGGUGCGUGUCGGGAAAAGAGGCCGAGAGCGUGAUUGCGAUGGAUCUGCCGUUCCAAAUAUUCAUCCCUUUCGGACGGGGCGGCGAAGAAGUAAACCGCCGCAUUCCUCCAGCAAGCAUCCAACUAGCCAGCCGAAUCGCCGAAACCUACUAUGAGCUGGUGGUCACAGUCCAACAAGGCUCGAGCAUGCAAAACCGAUACGCGUUCCCAAUACCUCUUCAACGAUACGACACCCUCUCCACAUUCGGCAUGUACAACCGCCCAGAAAGCAAGGUGGUGACGGCGGACAACAUUGUGACGUUGGGGAUUUCGCUGCCAAAGUGGAGUUAUGGGCCAUUAGAUCCCAUAACGGUGUACAUUAAGCUCGCGCCAAAUCCAGACUGGCUGAACAAGGCGCGGAAGGUGACGAUACAAAAGAUUACGCUGGCCAUCGAGGAGGAGAUCACGUUCAACCCGGAAGGAGACGAGCCAACGAAGAAGGUCAGCAAAAUCGCCAAACACACGCAGCAGGUAGGGACCAAGAUCCCGGAAACUGGAUAUGUUACCAACUUGGGGCUCGUGUUUCCUGCGCGAGACCUUAGGGAUUCGGAGGGUAUUGUGAAGAGGGGCAAGCCGGGAUUUCCGCUAUAUGAGGUCACCAGCUUUACGACGACGUCGAUACUGUACAAAAUUGAAUUCUUUUUGACGAUCAAGGCACAUCUAACAUCUGCCCGCGAUAUCACAUUACGGCAACCAAUUGUGAUUUGUCCAAUGGACCAACAGGCUUGCAAAGAGGAAAUGGAUGCUAUUGAGCAAGCAGCGAAAGAUGCCUCACAUGUUGACCCAAAUAACCCAAAGUUGCCGGAUCGAACGAUCAUCUUGGCACACGAUAGGGAGGCCAUUCGGUACCUGGGGCUGUGCGAAGUUGGAGGGAUGAAGAAGAUGCUGAUCGAAUAA